AUGGCACCUCACAGACAAUGUGCGUUGGAAAAACCUUUGACUCAUUCCGAAUUACUUGAGGAUGCUCAAGAAUUAACCGAAUUGGAGAGCAUUCUCGAAGAUUUAGAUCUCAAUAAAAGGUUUACUGACGAAAAAAUAACCAAUGAAUAAAAUACAGUUCAUUAGGAAUAAGCAAGGAUAAGCGAGGCUGUAUAGGUUGUGAGUCAAAAAUUAAAUGCAAUUGUAACUCAAACUAAAUUCUAAGUAGUAUUAUAAGAUGAAACUUCAGUGAACUUGAGAAAGAACUAAGGAGGAUCAGACACCCAGACCAUCAAGAGCAUUUUAAAAAUUAAUCAAACCAAGUCCUAAAAAUCAGUUCAUAGACCAAAAUAAGUUACUAUUCAAAAAAAGGUCUCUUUUGAGGUUAGAUUAUUAAGACACAAAAACAAUAAACUUUUUAUGUGA